GGUGAAUAUUUUGAUCAGUCACAUGUGGCUCUACCAAAUGUUUCAAAAUUCUUCUUGCAUCAAGCUCUGGAAGAAAGAAAAGCUGCAGAGGCUUUAAUGAAGUAUCAGCAAGAAAGAGGAGGCCAUUACUGUUCUAAAACCAUCCAGAAACCAAACUGUGACUAUGCAGUCGGUCUGGUGAAAGCCCUGGAAGUAGCGAUGGUACAGUGGAAAACUAUGAUACGGUAUUUUGAAGAGCUUCAUGCCCUGAGUAUUGAAAAUGCAGACCCUCAUAGUGCAAAUACUAUCAAGAAACAAUUUAUCGAGCCCAAAAUCCGGAAGAUCAAGCUGAUGGGAGAUCUGCUGACCAACGCUCGCAGGCUUGACUGUUCCCAAGAUGGCAGAAAUAGUCUUGGGGAUUACUUCAUGGACCGGCUGCAGAAAGAGUUCAGAACAGGCAUAGAGCCAGAGUCUAGCCAGCACUGCAGCCCCUGCCCGCCACUCCAGCAGUGCGCAGGAGCUGCAGAGGGUCUGAAGCGACCCCAGAGAGAAUCUUCCCAGCACAGGAACGGCAUAGGGCCAAUAUAUGCAACCAUACACUGCACUACCAUGCUGCCACAGGGCAACGAUGGGACAGGAGCAAAGGUGAAGCAGGGCAGGGAAGGCCUCUAACACCCUGGCUGCUGCAGCUAGAGGGCUGCUCCCGAGGCAGACCCGUACAGGGGUGGACCUGAGACCAGAACUCAGGAGACAUGAUGCUGUAUCGCUCCUCCUGCUUUAUACCCUUUGUCCCCUCAUCCUCUGUUGAGUCACAGCUCAAUCUAGUCCAUACCGUUAUUUUGUUUAGAUGACAGCAAGGUU